GUUAUCGUUCUUAGGCGACUUCCUGUUUGUUGUCACCAGUUUGUCGUGAGUCAAAAUCUAUAUGGUGAAAAAUGUCUACACGUUUAGAGAAAGAAAAAUCGAAAGCUCAACAGGAGAAAUUUCAGGCAGUGUUAUCAAAUCUCCUCAAGGACGACGACAACAAAUACUGUGUGGACUGUGACGCCAAAGGACCAAGAUGGGCUUCUUGGAAUCUAGGAAUUUUCUUGUGUAUACGAUGUGCAGGGAUCCAUAGAAAUUUGGGUGUACAUCUAUCAAAGGUGAAAUCUGUCAAUCUAGACUCAUGGACAGCAGAACAAGUGUCUAUGAUGAUGGAGAUUGGGAACAGUAGAGGGAGAGCUGUAUAUGAGGCAAAUAUUCCUGAUGGAUUCCGUCGGCCACAGACAGAUUCUAAAAGUGCUUUGGAGGCCUUUAUCAGAGCAAAAUAUGAACACAAGAAGUACAUUGCUCGGGAAUGGGUGCCACCAAAAGUCUCUAUUCCAAAAGAGCUUAAACCAGACGGGCUUUUAGAGGAUGAAAAAGCAGAGAAGAAAAAAAGACAAAAGCAAGCUGUUCAGCUCAAUCCGGUUCCCAAAACAAAACCUGUUGAGAGUAAUUCAGCAUCUGCUUCACCUAAAAAGGAACCGACUCCUGCUCCCAGUCAGCCAGCAUCAAGCAGUGCUAAUGAUCUUCUAGGACUGGAUACACCAGCUGUUAGCGGUAAUCAGCAGAAGUCGAGUAGUUCUAAUGAUUUGUUGGGAGAAUUGGGAGAUUUCAUGGGAGCACCUGUCUCCCAACAGACCAGCUCAGCUAAUUCUAGUCAACCUCCACAAUCAACACAACAGAAUGGAGAAUCUGAUGUUAACUUGUUCCAAGAAUCUGACAAGCCUCAAGACAAAACUACAAAAGACUCGAUAAUGGCUCUCUUUGGAAGCUCAUCCAAUCAGCAGCCACAGCAACAGUUUGGAGUCCCAGGUAGCUAUGCCCCGCCCUUUGAUGCGUAUCAGUAUGAAACAGGAGGUGUGUACAUGCCUCAGCAAAAUCCAAAUACUGGAAUGUAUGGUAUGCCUCCAAACAGCAUGAUGCCUCCCAACAGCAUGAUGGCCCCAAACAACAUGAUGGGGAUGAACAACAUGCAAUAUCAACAACAGAUGGGCAUGAUGAAUAUGCCACAACAGCAGCAGGGUAUGUAUAAUAUGAUGGGCAUGCCACCAGUCAGCCAGGCAGGGUAUGGGAACCAGCAACAGAUGCAGCAGAUGCAAUACAACCAGAUGCAGCAACAGAUGGCACAGAUGCGAGUGGGAAGUGGAAACAUGGGAAUGAUGGGGGCUCCAAUGGGGAAUCAGGGGGCCAUGAAUUGGGGAGCUCCGGCAAAUAGUGGACAGACUCUAUCUACAAAUUUAUGGAAAUGAUGAUAUUGAUUUAUUAGUACAUGUAUGUUGAAUUAACAUUCCUUGCAUUUCAUGCUGGAUACUGUGUAGGACAGGGGGGUCUCAAAUAGCAAGCCACCCUGUUUGCCCCAUUUCUGGACAUUGAAGAAUGGGCAAAACCUCAUUCUUUUUUAUCAAAAGAAACCAACCAUUUUUAAGUAUUUCCAGCAAUGCGGGUUUUUUUUUAAUUGCUUUUAAUUUUUUUUAUUAGCAAUGAAUUCAUUUGAUAAAUAAAUAACAAAUCUAUUUUUAUUGUACUUUGAAACUAUUAAAAUGGAAUACUUGUAGUUAAUUUUAAGGAAAUGUACAUGUAUUUUUUUCAUUUGUAAUUUUUAACAAGUAACAAGAAAUCUUGCUUCACUUCAUCAAAAAACCAUCAGUGCAAUCUCAAAAAUCUUUGUGGUAUUAAUAUGUAUGUUCAGGGAUAUUUGCACAAACAUGCAGGUAUGUUUAUAGUUUAUACUUUCAACACAAAAUCAAACAUUUGAUUCUAUUUAUUAUGUUGUGCAGUUUGUAGAACUUACUGUGGUACAGUGUCUAAAAGUCAACUAAAACCCUUUAGAUUUACAUGUACAAGUUUGUGAUGCAGAAAUUUUUCAUUUCUGUUGCUAAAAUUUGAGAAACACUUUUGGAGUUAAAGAUGCAGGCAAUUAAUGAAUGAAAAUAUGAUUGGGAGAUAGAAAAAUUUAUAUCUUAUCAGAAUGCAACAUUUAUAAAUAAAUAAAAAACAUUUCUUCUCUUAUUGCUUUGCAUCGAACAAAAAUUUACUUGCCUGUGAGGUAUUUGUAAAAUAAAGUGGUAUGAGAGUGUGUAUUUGUGAGACAAAUAUCUUCUGUGUGAGACUGCUAGUUUGUGAAUGUUGUGAUAGAAUAUAUCUUAUUCAUUGUACAAUGUAUUUGUUGGCACUGUUUUAAGAACUUGUUUAAUUUUAUUUUAUAUAACAGUGCAGUUGAAAACUGUAUUGUUUACUGUUAGGCACAGAUGGGGGAAAUCUCUAAUACAUUCAUAUGUUUAACAAAUUUAAGGUACAUCUGUAUUUUUUAAUUAAAAAAAAAACCAAAGACCAGAAAAGACUGGAAGAUCAUUUGGGCUCUGUAAGAGUUAUUCUGGAAAAACAAUUACAGCAAAGUGCCAAGAAGUUAAUUUGCAUAAAUUAAAAAUGUAUUUGUGAGAAAGUGAAAUAAUGGAUGUCCCGGUAUAAUAUUGCACAUGGAUGUCAGAUCACCCAGAUCUGACAAAGGGCUUUGUUAAGAAGAUAAUUUCAUUUGCAAAUUAUUGAUGUAGAUAUAAUUACUAUUUUAUUUGUUAAUAAUUUUUGUAUAGUGUGCAACAAUAAAUUCAUCAUUGUCAA